UUUUCCAAACAAUAUACAUCCGCCAUGUAGGUUUUGCACUUGCGCUACUUUACAGAAGAUGGCCGUCGUCGUUUGGCUUCUCAAAAAUAUUGAUUUUCACGUUUUCUGUAUCAAGUGUAAAAAAACGUAGAUAUUUUACAAUUUUAUAUCUCUAAAAGUUGUGCAAUGGCUACUGGAGGUAUCCCGAUGCAGCGGGGACAAACUUCAGAGCCUAGGUUGCAAGGCGGACCGAGAUCAAAUCGUACUCGUACUGCAAUGGAUGUUAACUUUCGUUUAAAUCAGUGGAAACCAAGUUCCAUGUUUGCUGAUGGUCCAUUUGACAAACCCAAGAAGUCGAAGAACAAAGAGAAGCCGAAGUCUGGGCAACAACCUGGGUUAAUGUCUCCAUCGAACAGCGAUAAUGAUACUAGACGUCACACUCCGGCCACGUUUCCGAGGACACGCUACACAACCUCAACGAAAGAGCGAGCUGCUCUAGAGAGUUUGCGUCAGCAAUUGUUCCUUGAGGAUAUGGAUGAGUUGUCAGGGAACCAGAGGCUUGAAGCAACUGCCAUUAACAAUGUUAGGCAGCAGUCAAGUGCAAGGCAAGCUGAAGCAGUCCUGCCUGAGGAAAGCUCUAACUCACUCGGCGCUCGGCAUGAUAGCUUGAAGUCUGCUGGUGAAGACGGCCAUGUUAAUAAUGAGCUGCAACCAGACAGAAAUCAGAUUGUGGGAAGACUUAUGCAAAUUAGGGAUUACAUGAGACAAGCGACGUCCAUGAUGACGAACCUACAGAGGGUUAGCGACGGUUCCGGAAGGGACGAAAACAUUGACAAGCUGAAACGUCUGCAGGACCAUUUGGGAGACCAGGAGAAGGGUUACAUGGACCUCCUGCAGAGAAUGCUUGCGGAGGAUGCAACGUUGAAAGGAGGCAGAAGCAGCAAUAACUCUGGCGAAUCAUUUGCCACUUCAGCUGCCGAGAGCAUGUCACUGAAUAUCGACGGUCAGUCGGAUAUAUCAGAAGCUACAACGGAGGGUACAUUUACCGCUCGUACAAGACCACGCAUAGAAAGUACUCUGGGGAAAGCGUCUUCCGAUAUAGAAUUUGAUUCCGAGUCCGAGCAGAACUUGUCUGCCCGCUCUGACUUCAGUCGAAGUUCCCACGGGAGCGUGUCGGGUGCCUCGGAUGCAGGCGGCCAAUUUUCCGACUCAUACUUGAGUAUGGACACUCUGGAGUUGCACAGACAAUUUAGUGAUAUGUUGAAAAGUUACGAAGAUGUGUCUUCCGAGAAGAACGAGAUGGGAAAGUUGUGUGUAAAGAAGGGAGAAUCGCAGCCGAACCGUGUCAGUGGUUGGGGAAUGAGGGAUGCUGGAUCGCAGACGGAGAGCGAAGCCGAGGAUACCGGCAUUUACGAUGAGGGUAAUCCUAAUGUGAGUGAGCAAAUGGAGGAGUUAGCCAGCCUGAAACAGCAGCACGAUCUCCUCAAGAAAAUGCUACAACAACAGGAGGAGUUGAGAGCUCUGCAAAGCCGUCAGCAGACGUUGUUAAGAUUCCAAGCCCAGAUCGA